CGCAUAGCACCGCGGCCUGGACCGGUGUCAGCUUAUCACUGGAGGUGACAGCCAGCCUGGCAGCAUGCCCCGGGCAUCGCUACUGCCCCAGCUGCCAUGGGGCCGGCCUGGUGUGAAGGUGGUGGCCAUCACCGGGGUGCUCGCAACCACCCUCUGGAACCUGAGGUGCUUCCUCAACUCUCCCCAGGUCUCCAGAGAGGCCUCUCAGCACACUGAGCCGCUGCUGGUCCUGGUUUGGGAAUGGCCCUCGAAGCAGGUCCCCAAUGUCAGUGGGGACAUCUGCCGUGAGCUGUAUGGCAUUACAGGCUGCUGGGUCACCAUGGAGCGCCAGCUCCUGCACCGGGCAGAUGUCGUGGUAUUCCCCCACACCAGGCUCCAGCCCGGCAGGGACAGCCUGCCCAAGGACAGGCCACUCUGGCAGAGCUGGGUAUGGGUGUCCCUGGAGUCCCCCUCCAACACUAAAUCUCUAGCGGGAUGGAACCAGACCUUCAACUGGGUGAUGACCUACAGACGGGACUCGGACAUCUUCGUCCCCUACGGCAAACUUGUGCCCAACCAGUCGGCCACUGUGAACAUCCCUGCAAAGACCAAUUUGGUGUCUUGGGUUAUCAGCAACUACCACAAGACUCAGAAAAGAGCUGAAGUCUACAAGAACCUCUCCAGGUACCUCCACGUGAACAUAUACGGCAAAGCAAACAAAAAGCCACUUUGCAAGGACUGCCUCUUGCCAACAAUAUCCAAGUCCAAGUUCUACCUUGCCUUUGAGAACUCCAUCCACCAAGACUACAUCACUGAGAAGCUCUGGAGGAACGCUCUGAUGGCUGGCACCGUGCCCGUGGUGCUGGGGCCUCCCCGGGCCAACUACGAGCAGUUCAUCCCUGCAGACUCCUUCAUCCACGUGGAUGACUUCGGCUCCCUGGCAGAGCUGGCCACCUUCCUGAAGACCAUGAACUCCAGCCGCUACCGGCAGUUCUUCACCUGGCAGAGGCGGUACAGUGUGAAGCUCUACACCGACUGGAGGGAGCGGAUCUGCACCAUCUGCAGCACCUACCCCAGCCUGCCCCGCGGCCGCACCUAUCCCAACCUCGAGAGCUGGUUCAACACCUAGAGCUGGUGUGCUGGAAUCAUCGGGGCAGAGGAUGCAGGGGUGGGGUACACAGGAUACACGGGGCACAGUCCUAGACCAGGACAUGGGGCAGAGGUGGACAUGGGAGUCUCCACCUCUCCUCCCAGCCCGGCUGUUGCCACACUGGGACCUUGAGCAACUACUUGUGACUUGAUUUCCUGCAAAAUGGAACUACCACCCCACCUGACCCGACACUGACCCACCUUGCCAGGGUGCAAGCAGGAUGAAAUGGUGCUUUGGAAAUAAAUGACAGUGCUGCAAA